AUGGCGAAGCUCCCGAGCAGCCAGGUGCGCCGGGUCGAUUCUGAUAGCUCGGAAGUCAGCUGGGGCCUAGACUACCUCCAGGAAGAGAAGAUUACGCCCCUCACUUGGAUCGAGACCCCCGUGAUCUCUUCCGAUGAGGACACCGGCGAGGUAAAGCUCUUUGUCAGACACAAUGCCAACACCAUCGAGCUAUUUUCCGAUCUCUUCUUCGUGGCGAACCUCGAGACGUUUACGCAGACGCAUAGCAUCACCAACCUGACCAGUCUCGCGGCUUAUCUCGGCUUCUUCAGUAUCAUCUGGUUUACGUGGUUCCAAAUCACGCUACACGAUGUCAGGUUCUCAAUUGACUCCGGCUACGAGCGGAUGUGCAAGAUUAUUCAGUUCUUGCUGUUCGUCGGGUUCGCUUUGGUUGGGUCAUCAUUUAGUCCCGGUACGAAGGAACAUAACAAUGCGAGCUUCCAACUCCUCUGCAACAUUCUCUUUGCUACGAGGCUGCUGCUGGUUGCCCAGUACUCUGUCGCAUUGCACUUCGUCCGCAAGAAGACCAAAAGCCUAACAUGGCCCCUCUCUUUGACCAUCACUCUCUUCAUCUUCUCCGGUGGAGCCCUCUACUCCAUGACCCCCGCGUUUUCUCCGGAGUCCGGUAAUGGCUUAGGUAUUUACUACGUCUGGUACAUCAUUCUAGCUAUCGAGGCAGCCAUUACUCUCGGCAUCUCUUCAAUAUGGAGGAACAUGGGCUUCAAGCAUACGCAUCUUACGGAGAGAAUGGGCUUAUUUACCCUCGUCAUUAUCGGUGAAGGUGCUAUUGGAGCUACCAAGACCGUCGGAAACCUGAUGGGUGACACCGGCCUUAGACUAGACGCUUGCCUUGUUGUCGGCUGCAUCGUCUUCAUCCUGAUGUUCUGUUGGAUGCUUUACUUCGACAACCCUCCCGAAUGCAAGUUCGGAACCGUACGUCAGCAGAUCUGGGCCGUGCUCCACUUCCCAUUCCAUCUCGGCAUGAUCGGUGUCGUUGAAGGCUCUCAGCAGAUUGCGCUUGCAUGGCAGGUUCUAAGCCAGUUUGGCAAUUUCUUCAACGACUUGCGCAAACACUGCGUCAACCUCAACGAGGAUGGAGUUGCACUGACCAAUGCAACAAUCACCUCAUUUCAGAGCCUGACUAUGCCGAACAGCCUCGAAGUUCGCGAUAUGAUUCCCUUUGUUUACCAGGAGAUCUACAACAUCGGCAACAUGACUGGGGUAUGCUCGGCCGCAAACACGACCAAUGGCGAUGACUUGUUCCUACCCCCGCCUUACAAAGCGCUCACCCAAAAGGUGAUCGGAACGCUGUUCGAGUCCUACAACGGGCUGAGCUCAAGUGGGGAGAGCGAUCCCGGCGAGAUUGCUCAGCCAGCGUUUACGACGGUGUACGUCUACUACUGGGCAUCGUUCCUGUUUGUGGUCGUCUUCUUUGCUAUCUUCAUCCUCAUCACUAGACACAAGGAUCGUCCUCUCAACAUCUUCGACAAGGCGGCUGUGGCGAGCCGAGGACUUGCCGCAGUACUCGCCGUCGGACUCGCAGCUGGAGCGGCAUCAGAAGAGUUCAUCUUCAAGUACCUCAAGAGUGCGGCGACACUCCCUACCGUUGCCUUGAUUUUCCUUGUAAUUCUCGCCAUCGAUAGAACGACCAAGCAUUUGAGUGCGAAGACCCUGAGGCGAAACUUGACAGGGUUGAGCGACUUUGAGAGUUUAUCUUCGGAACCUGCGAUUGAAUUGUCGCAAGGACGGGGCGUCUUGGUGGAUCAGAAGGUCGACACCAAGACAUAA